CUUUUCACCCCAACCCCAACCUCUACUAUCAAACCGCCCAACGAGCUCUCCGAAUUGAGGGUUGCGGACCGCUUUCGCUACAUAUUAGCUAUUUCAUCACUUUCACGACAAGCGAUCUAAACUUUCAAGAUGUCUGGAAACCUGCGAAAGGACUUCCAACGCCGCAACCACCGCGAGCGCGCGCAGCCGGAAGAGCGACAAAAAUGGGGACUCCUCGAGAAGCGCAAGGACUACAAGCUGCGGGCCGCGGACCACAAGACCAAGGUCAAGAAGCUCAAGCAGCUCAAGCAGAAGGCGCUGGAGAAGAACCCGGACGAGUUCAGCUUCAAGAUGCUGAGCAGCUCGGUCGACUCGGCGGGCCGCAAGGUCGCGUCGAGGGGCAACACGGCGCUGUCGAUGGACGUGGUGAAGCUGCUCAAGACGCAGGACGCAAAUUACAUCCGGACGAUGCUGCAGAUGGUGAAGAAGGAGAGGAGGGAGUUGGAGGAGAGGAUUUUGCUGGGUGAGGAGGGCGUUGAGGCGGUUAGGGAUGGGGAGGAGGGGGGGAGGAGCGGGAAGCAUAUGGUUUUUGUGGGGGAGAAGGAGGAUCAGGAUGCGUUUAGGGCGGAUGAGUGGUUCGGGACUGAGGAGGAGUUUGUGGAUAGGGCGUGGAAUCGGCCGAGGAAGGCGAAGGAUCUCGUCGUUGCGGAUGCGGAGGACGAUGAGGAAGAAGGACUUCAAUCGAAGAAAUUGUCGAAGAAGCAGCAGGAGGCCGAGGCACUGGCUGUGAAAGAGCAGAGGAGUCUGGCGAACAAGCGUGCGAAGACACAUGAGAGGGCGCUUGCGCGGCUGGAGGCUGUCAAGGCGAAAGAGAGGGAUUUGAGAAUCGCAGAAGAGGAGCUAGAGAAGCAACGAGCGAAAAUGAACAACACCAUUGGCGGGACGAAUAAGAACGGUGUCAAGUUCAAGGUCCGGGAACGAAAGCGAUAA